AUGCUUUCUCACAAGCUGCUGCUAUUCGCACUUUUGGUGACUGUGUACUGCGAGGAAGAAAAUUCUGAAGAACCAGAAGUCAUUCCUGUGGAGGGAGCUCCUGAGCAAGUAGACAUCUCCGGACAACUUGGACAAAGAGAAAAAGGAUUUCAAAACGAACUGAGUCCGCCCGCAAAAGCCAAGUUUAUCUACACAUACUUCAAGUGCUUGGAAAACUGCUUGAAGAGCGAAGAUUUGGUUAACGGAACUGGAAUCAUCAAGUAUUACAAUUGCCAAGUAUUUUGCAUGGAAGAAGAGCAGCAUGACGUAAAAGUCUGA